AUGAGCCCUGAAGACAAGAAUGUGCACAAUAGGGUGAAAGAUACAUUGGUGUAUGAGGAUGGUCACUAUCAAAUUGGCAUACCAUGGAAGAAAGAGGUACAUGCUUUACCAUCUGAUAACUAUCACAUGGCUCUCAGUCGUCUUGAGAGCACAGAAAAGAAAUUAGCAAAGGAUGAGACAAUAGCUCAAGCAUAUGAUGAUAUCAUCUCACAGUAUCACAAAAAAGGGUAUAUAAGAAAAGUAUCUUCUGAAGAAAAGACACAUACUGGAAAGUGGUAUCUGCCACAUUUUCCGGUUGUACGUUUAGAUCGUCUCACAACAAAAGUGAGGAUUGUAUUUGAUGCUUCGGCCAAGUACAAGGGUAUUUCUCUGAAUGAAGUUAUCCAUCAAGGCCCAAAGUUACAGAGGGAACUGUUUGAUGUCUUGUUGAGAUUUAGACGCAAUCCAGUUGCAGUGAUGAGCGAUAUAGCAGAGAUGUACCUUCAAGUCAAAUUAUCUCCAGAUGAUAGGCCCUAUCAUAGGUUCCUUUGGAGAUCCAUGAAACGAGAUGAGCAGGCCAUAGAGUAUGAGUUCAGUAGAGUUGUAUUUGGGGUGAAUGCAUCUCCUUUUUUAGCUCAGUUUGUGAGUCAGGAAAAUGCCAAUAAACAUCAGGGUGAUCUUCCGUUAGCUGCAGAAACUGUGAAAAAAGCUACAUAUAUGGAUGAUAGCAUGGACUCUGUGGAGGAUGAGAAAACAGCCAUUGAGUUGUACAGACAGUUGAUUGAGCUUUGGAAUAGAGCUGGAAUGCGUCCUCGGAAGUGGCUUUCAAAUUCUCACGAGGUUCUCAGUCAGAUACCUGUUGAAGAACGAUUAUCAGAAGUCAAGUUAGACAGUGGUUACUUACCCUCGACAAAGACACUCGGCCUCAUGUGGGUAGCUGAAAGAGAUGUCUUUACAUUCACUUCCAACUUACCUGCAUUGAACAACACAAUCUCAAAAAGAAUCUUCCUUCGUCAAAUAGCAAAACUGUUUGAUCCUCUAGGAUUUCUUGCACCCUUCACUGUAAGGGCUAAGAUCAUCUUACAAGAAAUGUGGACAGUAGGGUUAGAUUGGGACGAGGAACUAGACAAUGAUCUGAAAGAGAAAGCAUAUCAGUGGCUUAUGGAACGGGAAGAUUUAAUACACAUUCAGGUUCCAAGAUGUUUGCGUUGUGGUAACAAGGUCAAAGAAACUAGACUACACAGCUUUGUAGAUGCAUCUGAAAAUGCCUAUGGUGCCAUUGUGUAUGCUGUGAAUACUUACCUGAAUAAUGAAAUCUCCAGUGUAAUCAUUGCUGCGAAAGGACGAGUAGCACCACUGAAAGCUAUUAGCAUUCCACGCAUGGAGUUAAUGGCUGCUGUGACUGGACUCAGAUUAGCUAUUGCAAUCGCAAAGGUUUUGGACGUGUUGAUUGACACAGUUACAUUUUGGACAGACAGUUCAAAUGCUUUGGGGUGGAUAAAGAACCAUAGCCGAACAUUCAAACCAUUUGUAGCAAAUAGAGUUAGUGAAGUUCAAGAACUGACUAAUCCGUGUCAGUGGCGGUAUGUGCCAACAGACCAAAAUCCAGCAGAUAUGUUGACUAGAGGAAUAGCUGCAUCUUAUGUUGAUUGA